ACCACACCAUGAGAACUGAACUAGGAAUCAACGGUCACAAAAGCGACCCCAAGUCGGGGUCCCUGGCCUUCAACCUUGACCCCUGUCGCAUCACGCUCCACAUCAUCGCCGACCCUCACGAGGUCUGCCCUCUAGCGGACCUCUACCAGCCCAUCAUCAGCUACGUCGACCCCCACCUUCAUCUCUUCCGGGUCACGGAAAGAUCGGCCCCGAGAUACAAACCUAAUCUCACCUCCACCUCCACCACCCCCGCGCUGGCUGUUAUGGGUUUUCUUACGCGGAUCCGAACCCGGACCCACGGUACGAGAAGCAGGGAUGUUAUCAGCGAGGCCAGGCAGUUGCUGAAGCGUCGACCUUGGAGGUUUCACCAUGAUGAGAAGAUGCACGCUGGGAAAAUUAACGCACUUCCGGACAACGCCCAGGAAUACUACUACACAUCCCCGGAUCUACCACUCUGGGCGUUACGUCACGUCCAUUAUGGCCGUCAGCACAUCCGGUAUGUGCUGUACACGUACCGCGCAUCAUGGGCGGACCAGGUCAACUUUUAUAAACUUGUGUUCGGGAUCGAACCCGAUUUGCUCCGAGACGACUUUUGUUUAUUCACGGUGUACGCCAAUGAAAAUUACGACGUCCAGUUCGCGCUUAAAAAACAAACAAACGAUCAGGAUAUCGUGACCUUGGACAGUGUGUACAUUCAAAUCAAGGUCAAGGACGUCGGCCGGCUGGUGCCGCUGUUACCCGGCGUCUGCCGGCCGGUGAGCGACGUCAAGUGGCAGACGAGCGACCACGACGGGAACGUCAUCGUUCUCGACGUGGUCCGCGCGGCAGACGACAGAUUCGGAGCAGACGACAGACCGGCGUCCAGGACCGCUCAGAAAAACCCUGGACUGACCAUCCUCCAGGCAGACGAUCUCCUCAACGCCGGUCAGAUCUCGGAGGAUUCCGAUUUCCAUUCUUUGACUUCGCCAACGGAAACCAGAAACAUUCCGAGCUUUUCAAAAUCUUCCUCCUCCACGACGCAGUUAAUUCGCUGCAGCACGCCCAUUUUCGAGAACGGCGUUUUUUCCUCGCAGAACGGUGACCUCGACCUCCCCUCGCCGUCCCGGCGCAUGUUCACCAAACCGGAAGACGACGAGGAGAGCUUGACCUUGACCAACACAUCGGAGGAGAGCGGGAUCCAGAUGCAGCAGAUGUCGGAGGAUUCCUCCUUCGGGGAGGAGGACAGCCUCCGUUCCUGCCUCAACCGGAACGGCCGUCCGCGUCACGUGACUUUAAAAGUCCGCUUCAACGAAGACGUGGAGGCGUUCAGCGACGACGCCCUCAGCCUCAACUCCUCCGGCAUCGAAAGCGACGCGGAGACCGAGACGAGAUUCGCGUCAUCGGUGACGUCAAGCGCGUGCAACAUCCCCUCAGGGAUUUCAACAUCUACAACAUCCGAGCCUGCAGUAGUGUUCGGGAAAACCCGUUCAAAACACCCAUCAACAUUACCUCCACGUGAUACAGCUAAUCCUCCCCCCUACCAACACAACCAUCGGAUUAUCUCUAAUCCCAAUAUAAGCUCUAGAACUCAAAGCCCCAGCGGAUUAACUAAUCGUGUAUCGAACGAAAAUCGGCGAGGGCUUGAAUCCUCGGACGCCCUCGCAAGAAACGCGAAACCUCACCUCAAAAACUCUUCACCACUCGACAUUCGCCAUCAGUGUGUUUCAACGGAGCAGGUUCGGAACUCCCCACCGCCACCCGCGCCCCCCGUCAGAGACAGCCAAACCAGACUUCGAUCCGUCCCCCCGCCAACCUCACCCCACCAAAAACACAACCCGGGGAAAAACCAAACAGAAAAAACCGUGCACUUCGCGGAUUCUAACCCUAAACUAAACAUUUCCUCCUCAAAGGCCAACAGCAACAACGACUCCAAUAUAGAUUUGACCUUGACAUUCACCUUGAAAUACGACACCUGCCCGACCUCGGGUCUGGGUCACGAACAAAUCGGAUUUUUCGUCUGACAAAUCUCGUCUUGCCAUUUGUAUUGCCCGUUGGUCUGCUUUG